AUGUUUGAUGACUGCGAUAACUACGAUGUUGCGAUUAUUGGAUCUGGACCAGUUGGAUGCACCUUCGCUCGCAAGUUGAUCGAGGCUAACUACAAAGUUGUUAUGCUAGAGGCAGGCUCUAAGGAGUCGGAUCUUCCGGGUUUACAUCUCAGGAGUGCAUUCCGAUACCAGAGAGAUAUUAACUCGUUUAACAGUGUUAUCAGAGGUCACCUUCACACACUUUCAGUUCCCACUUGCGAGUAUGUUUAUCCUGAUACAAUUGACCAAACAGCAGAACUUAAAAACGGUACUCUUCACCUGAAUCAAAAUCCGGAUCAGAGAGGAGAAGAUAACCUUUCCGCUGCGGCCGCUGUCUAUAGUGUAGGUGGUAUGGGUACUCUUUGGUCAUGUAUAACACCAAGGCUUCGUGGAAAAGAACGAUUUCCUGAUCUUAUCCCUAAUGAUGAAAUGGACCAAUUAUACGACGAAGCGGAGGCAUAUGUUCAGACAAAUUGCGACCCUUACAGUGGUACCAUGCUUCAAACAACUGUGCUGGAACAACUUAUAAAGCAUUAUAAAUUUAUUGGACUCCCUGAUGAGUCUGAUGGACCUAAGCCGCUACCCCUUGCC